AUGCGCUACACCUCCGCCGAGGUUAUCGCCCUAACACUGGCUAUUGCCGGCAUUGGAACUGGGCUAGAUGUCAAUCGGGCACUCCAGGCUCGUCAUGAUACUUGCCCAGAAACCAAGACAGUGACGGAAACUCAAACUAUCACCGAGAGAAACACUGUAACUGUCACCACCGCCGGAGCUUGCACCACUGCUACCACGCCAACAACCACCACGACCACGAGCAAGUCUACUCCCACGCCCACCGGUUGCCCUGCGCCGCCAGCAUGCGACAACCUCGGAUUCGACUGGGCAUACUACAACAACUCAGCCCACAACGGCGACAAGACGUACUCCAACUUCCAUCCGGACACAUACAAGCGCGUGAAGCCCCUGUACGUCGGCACCACCCGCUACGUCGGGGGCCUUUACGGCGAAAAGGGCGGAAAGGACCCGGCCGGGCGAAUAUACGGCUCUACCAAGGACCUCAAGCUCGACUACUUCGCUCUCAACCACCACGCCUACUUCUACGCCUGCGAGGCGGGCACGUACAGCAUCAACAUCCCGUACGCAAACGACGCCGUGUUCGUGUGGACAGGGGCAAAGGCCUACAAGGGCUGGACGGACGACAACGCCGAUGCAAAGGCUAGAUACAACCAGCCCGAUCACAUCGCGGGCCAGGCUAGCUCCAAGGUCAAUGUUCCAGCCGACACCUACGUGCCUAUUCGGUUUGUCUACGGGCAAGCGCAGUACGGAGGCGGGUUUUAUUUCACCGUCACUACUCCUUCUGGCCAGGUUAUUGUCAGUGACAAGGCGCAUAAUAGUCCGUAUGUCGUGCGCCACUCUUGCGAUGGGGUGAAGGCGCCAAAAUACAUGCCAUUUGGAAAAGAGCAGUAG